CGACGCAAUGGUUCGCAUGGGGACGGAAACGGGUACCGAUACACAUUGCGCAGACGGAAAAAUAAACAAAAACAAAAGAUUUAGGUUUCUAGAAACAAAAACAAGAAGAAAACACAAACAGAUCUGCUCCCGGCCCCCCUAACGUAACCCAGAGCGGAAGACGGGGGAGGAGGAUAACCUCCUCCACACCUCGGGAUCCCGCCGCCCCGCCUCAAAUGCCUUCUCGGCCACCGCAACCGCCCUUAUUUUGAUUCGCUCCUUGACUCUGUUUCGAUGGCUGCCACUGCGGCGGCCUUCCUUGAAGUCGACCGCUGCGGCCUCUUCUCCUUGCCCCUCUCCCUCAGCCCCAGAUCGUUCCUCCUCCCUCGCCGCCAGCUUCCCGGACUGCGUCUCUUCCUUCCCUCUCGCCGCUUCUAUCCCUGCCGUCUCUCCGCCGCCUUGGUCUCCUCCAGAAAAGCGGCCUCGAAGUCCGACUCCCACCGCGAGGACUCUCUUGAGGGAGUAGAGGCCGUAGUUGUAGAGCCGAAGGGGAGCCAGGGGAUGCAGCUGAGGAAGCGUGUGAUCUUUGGUCUCGGCAUUGGAUUGGGUGCGGGAGGUGUCGUGGUGGCAGGAGGAUGGGUGUUCACCGUGGCGCUUGGCGGCCGCAGUGUUCGCCGGGGCGAGGGAGUACUUCGAGCUGGUCCGGAGUCGGGGAAUUGAUACAGGGAUGACACCGCCGCCAAGAUAUGUGUCGAGGGUUUGCUCAGCCAUCUGUGCUCUCAUGCUGAUUCUGACACUAAGUUCCAAAUCUUUAGCGUCCUGUAAUUACUUCUUUCCUACAGUGUUUGGAGUAGAAAAAAUGAUUCUUUGGCUGAUUUCCUAAGCUGCUAAUAACUAAACUUGUAUAGUUGUGGUGUCUCACUUGAUAUAUCCAAAAUUUUGGUUUGGUUGAUA